AUGGCUGGCUCCCCCACUCGUGAUCCCGCUGAGCGUCAAUCACGCAAGCGUCGUGUCUCUCAAAUUGUCCCCGACAAGUCCAAGAAGAAGGCAACUAGUCUUUCCUCUACCAGUGCUGAGGUCAACUCAACCAAGUCUCUCAACAUGGACUCAAACACCAGCAAGCAUUCGGCCAUCGCUGAGCUAUCCGUCACCAAAGGACUGGCCAAGGCCAACGACAAGGCUGAGGGUCCCGUUGCUGAUACGAAUGCCAAGUCCCAGGCUCCCAAGUCAGAUCUGAUGUCGAAGACUAAGAACAACUCUGAUAAGGUCGCUGGCAAAGACAAGAAGCUUGAUGAGAAGGAGCAGGCCACUACCAAGGAGAAUGACACCAAGGGAAAGAAAGGUGAUGCCAAGGACAUAAAGUCGGAUACAAAGGCAAAGAAGAAUAUCAAGGAGUCCAAGCUUGAUACUAAGGACAAGUUGACUAAAGCUCCUGCAACCUCCAAGGCUGACGCGCGUGUCGAGCUCCCGGGCCUCGUCCAGCCCGUCCCUUCCGACUUGGAGGGCUCUCCCGACGAUGAUUACAGCGAAUCUGACGACUUCAAUGAUUCAAAUGAUUCGGAUGACUCUGAUGACUCCGGCGAAGCACUCGACGUCGAUGACCCUUCCGAGGACAGCGACUCUAAGGGCUUCUUCCAUCGUGACUUCUAUGCCCACCGCGACAUGUUUGAGAAGUUGAAGUGGGAGGACUUGGAGCUCAUGCACAUGAGCGCCGAAGAGCGUGCUGAGGAGAAGGCCAAGACCCUUCGCAACGUCCAAAUCUUCAUCGACAACUCGAAAGAUAAGCACUACCAUGAGUUCCACCUGGACUACCUGACCGGCCCAACCAACUAUUGGACCUGGCUGGUUGGUAUCGAGAUCUUGCUCCGCAUGCACCAGGUCUGGCCCAUCGUUUGUGAGCCCAGCGUGCCUCUCGACAAGUACCAUGAGCUGUACCCGUGGUACGAGCACAUGAUCAGCGUGGCUGUCUCGCUCAUUUAUGGCCAUGUGUCUCAGGAGAUCCGCUCGCAGCGUUGCUUCAAGAACGGGGCCCUUAAGCGUUCGCCCACCAAGUUGAUGCAGCACCUCAUUGCUCAUUAUGGCCAGGAGAAGUGUUGA